AUGCGACAUGAGACAAACGAAAAACAAAAGAAAAAUCUCCAACAAAUUUUCUAUAGCGUGGUAUUUUUUUUCUUUUGGUUCUUAUAUAACCCGAUAUCUUCCAUUCUUCUCAGUACUUUUUCUUUUCAAUACAACUACAGAUUUACAGCAUCUUAUACAAUGGCGGACUCAUCAUCAGAACCAAAUCCUUUCCUUAUACUUGCUACUGUUGCUACUAUCAUCAUCUCAUUUGUUGGAUACUAUUUCCUUCAAUUAUCAAGAAAGAAUAGUAAACCAGCAUUGAUUCCUGAUCAAUUUCAAAAAUUCCCGUUGAUUGAUAUUAAAAAAGUAUCACAUAACUCAGCAAUUUAUAGAUUUGGAUUACCAAAACCCACUGAUACUUUGAAUUUACCAAUCGGACAACAUAUUUCAAUUGGUGCUAUUAUUGAUGGUAAAGAAAUUGUUAGAUCAUAUACCCCAAUUUCCACAAGUGACCAAAAGGGGCAUUUUGAUUUGUUGAUAAAGACAUAUGAAAACGGUAAUAUAUCUAAACACGUUGCAUCAAAGAAAGUUGGUGAUUUCGUUGAAAUUAGAGGUCCAAAGGGUUUCUUUACCCAUACUCCAAAUAUGAAGAAGUCAUUUGGUAUGAUUGCAGGAGGUACUGGUAUUGCGCCAAUGUAUCAAAUCAUCACUGCCAUUUUGAACAACCCGGAAGAUAACAUCAAAGUCUCCUUGAUCUAUGCCAAUGUUACCGAAAAUGAUAUUUUGUUGAGAAAAGAAUUGGAAGAAUACGCCGCCAAACACCCUGAUAGAUUAAAGAUCCACUACGUCUUGAACGAAGCACCAGCCGAUUGGGAACACAGUACCGGAUUUGUCACCCCAGAGUUGAUUGAAAAACACUUGCCAAAACCAUCUGACGAAACCACAUUGUUAUUAUGUGGACCACCACCAAUGAUUAGCGCUAUGAAAAAAGCUGCUGCUUCAUUAGGAUACGAAAAAGCCAAACCAGUAUCUAAAUUAGGAGAUCAAGUGUUUGUCUUUUAA